CGGAUCCCCCCACCUCACCUUCUCCUCGCCACCGUCUUCCGUAUGGCCACAAUCCAGCCAGUCGUCUUGCCGAGCAUCCACGAGAUGUUCCCUGAGCAUCUUAUGCACGGCAAGCCUUUAAUCCCUCGUCACCGAAGUCACGCGUUCCCCACAAAGCCAUACCUUCGCGCCACUCCACUGCCCAAGCCUCUCACCAUCCUGCCCGUCGACCUGAAGGAUUUACCCGUCCCUUUCUCUGCGCGGCGGACGUCCAGCUCUAACUCCCCUAUAACCGCCCCACGUGUUCCGCCUUCCCCGUCCUCCUCCCGCUCCCGUUCGCAUUCUCCCACCGGCAGCCACUCCGUCGGGAGCGCAGAAAACGCCGAGGCGGAUACUCCGAGUCACGACCCGGAGGAGCCCCGACGAGCGCGAGCCACGCGCGGCGACAGACCGGAAGCACGUCUGCCUGCAGUGCCAGAAACGCUUCAACCGCCCCAGCAGCCUGCGCAUCCACCUCAACACCCACACCGGCGCGACGCCAUAUCUGUCAACAUGCGGCGCCAUCUGCGGAAUCACGGUGACUCCGCAACGCAAGUGGCAAGCCCGAGCCCUCCGAUGACGGCGUCUGUCAUCGCCUCGCCGUCAUCCCCGCAUUCGCCGCAUUCAGAAGUCGCAACGCCGUCAAAGGGCCAGCGCUGGUACUUGCGCGGCGAUAGCGGUUCCCCGCCGGCAGGUGCAGGAGCGACAGCGACGUCGCCGCGCUACAGCCCGUGGAUAUCGCAUGCGGAGAGCGACAUGCGGAGCGCGCACUGA